CCCCCCCAGGCCGAUGAAGUCGCCAACUAAAAGUCAAUUAAGCCAAAAAGGACCCCUGGAACGGUAACGCGUCCCGGCCCAAAUGCCAACGCGUUCCCAGUCAGUCCGACAUAACUGUAGAUCAUCUGCCUUAUCAAACCCCACCUUCCAACCUGCCUGGUAUGAAAACAGGCUGGUUUCAUCAACACUUCACACACAAGACAGACUGUAGCCUUGAUAUUCACCCUCAGCGGAGCCAUCCCAGACAUGGCUUACAAAAGCAAAAAACGCGCCCGUGAUGACGGCGACGACGACAGUGACAUGGAGGUUGACACCAAACCUACCAAGACCACCAAGAAGGUCAAGACCGGAGGAGCUGAUCUUGAUUCGGGCAAGGAUGACCAGGGAAAUUCCUGGUGGGGUCUUUCUCACACUCGCCGCGUCGGACUAUCCGAGUUCAAGAAGAAGCCCUAUGUCAAUAUCCGCGAAUACUAUGAGGCUGCAGGAGUCAUGAAGCCUGGCAAGAAGGGCAUUUCCCUGACCGUCGAGCAAUACAACGCUCUCCUGAAGGCGAUUCCCGCCAUCAAUGCCGAGCUCUCCGCACAAGGCCACGACGUUGCAGAGAUCCCCUCGGGCCCCGCUUUGUCGUCGGGCGUCCAGAAAAGCACAACCAAAGAGAAGAAGAAGCCAACAAAGGCAAACAUUGAGGCAACAAGCGACGAGGAGGACGAAAACGACGAGGAUUAGUGGUUCGUGCGACAAAGUGACAACCUUGGCACCCGAACAAUACCAGCUUGCACGAAGCGAUGUCUCAACUCUCCGGGUCUGAU